CCUCCUCUUUUCCUCACUUCUUCCGCUCCCCCUCUCUCACCCUCCCACCGCCCCACCCGCCAUGGCCUCCUCCGACUACUCUUCGCCGCGUGGUGAAUCCUCGCCAGAUGGCCGCACCAGCCCGAUCCCCAACACCAACUCAUCCCCUUCCCGAUCGAUCGACACCGGAAGCCGUAGAUCUACAAGGGGCCGCCGCCGAGCCCCCGCUGCCAGCCCCUUCGCCUCCUCCCCCUCCCUCGGCGUCUACCAGACACCCCCUCCCCCUCCCCGACCCUCCGCACCGGCCGCCGCCCCUCCCUCCAUCUUCUCCACACCUUCCAGCUCUCGCCGCCGCUGGCAGACCCCCUCCACCCCCAUGUCCACCGAUGAAAACCUCCCCCCUUCCUCCGACACAGGCGACGACGAUGUCGACCCCGUGGACGCCGACUCCACUCCGGUGUUUGUGUGGGGAACCAACAUCAGCGUGCAGGACGUCAACGCCGCCAUCCUCCGCUUCCUCCGCAACUUCCGGGACCCGCAGGAGGCCGGCCUGGCAGACGUCAUCAUGGAGGAGGGCAAGUACAUGCGGGCGGUGCACCGCAUUAUUGAAUUGGAGGGCGGGGAGUCUUUGGACGUUGAUGCGCAUGAUGUGUUCGACUAUGAUCCCGACCUCUACAGCAAGAUGGUGAGGUACCCGCUCGAGGUGCUUGCCAUCUUCGAUAUCGUGCUCAUGGACCUGGUUGGCCGGAUCAACCCUUUGUUCGAGAAGCACAUCCAAACUAGGAUCUUUAAUCUCAAGUCUUCCGUCAGCAUGAGAAAUCUCAACCCCUCUGAUAUUGAGAAGAUGGUGUCCGUGAAGGGGAUGAUCAUCCGAUGCAGCUCCAUCAUACCCGAGGUCAGGGAAGCUACAUUCCGUUGCCUCGUCUGCGGUUACUACUCUGAACCAGUACUCGUUGAUAGAGGCCGAAUAAAUGAGCCAACCAGGUGUGGAAAACCAGAGUGUCUGGCUUUGAAUUCCAUGACGCUGGUCCAUAAUCGAUGCAGAUUUGCAGACAAACAGAUUGUGAAAUUGCAGGAGACUCCAGAUGAGAUACCUGAAGGUGGGACUCCACACACAGUCAGCAUUUUGAUGCAUGACAAACUUGUGGACUCCGGGAAACCUGGAGACAGAGUUGAGAUAACUGGGAUAUACAGAGCUAUGAGUAUUAGAAUGGGACCAACUCAGAGGACAGUAAAAUCUAUAUUCAAGACAUACAUCGAUUGCCUUCAUUUAAAGAAGACAGACAAAUCAAAGCUUCACAUUGAGGACCCACUGGAAUGCGAUAGUAACACUUCUAACAACAGGGCAGUUGAAGAUGAAAGUCCUAAUUAUCAAGACAAGGUAGAGAAAUUAAAAGAGCUUUCAAAAUUGCCAGAUAUUUAUGAUAGGCUAACCAGAUCCUUGGCUCCAAACAUAUGGGAAUUGGAUGAUGUCAAAAGGGGUCUUCUUUGCCAGCUUUUUGGAGGCAAUGCUCUGAAGCUUCAAUCUGGGGCUAGCUUCCGUGGAGACAUCAAUAUCCUGCUUGUGGGAGAUCCUGGAACCAGUAAAUCCCAACUGCUCCAAUACAUUCAUAAACUUUCUCCUCGCGGCAUUUACACCAGUGGGAGAGGGAGCUCAGCGGUUGGCCUGACUGCUUAUGUUACAAAGGACCCAGAGACUGGUGAAACUGUUUUGGAGAGUGGUGCAUUGGUAUUGAGUGACAGAGGUGUCUGUUGCAUUGAUGAAUUUGAUAAAAUGUCUGAAAAUGCACGCAGCAUGUUGCACGAGGUUAUGGAGCAACAAACAGUAUCAAUUGCCAAGGCUGGGAUUAUUGCUUCUCUAAAUGCCAGAACUUCAGUCCUGGCUUGUGCAAAUCCUAGUGGGUCGCGCUAUAACCCUCGGCUCUCGGUGAUUGAAAAUAUCCACCUUCCUCCAACCUUGCUGUCCAGGUUUGACCUGAUCUACCUACUUCUGGAUAAAGCUGAUGAACAAAAUGACAGACGUUUGGCCAAGCAUAUUGUCUCAUUGCAUUAUGAAAAUCCAGAGACCCUAGUGCAAGAUGUAUUGGACCUACCUACUUUGGUUGCAUACAUUAGCUAUGCAAGAAAACACAUUCAUCCCCAGAUAUCUGAUGAAGCAGCAGAAGAAUUGACACAUCGCUAUGUUGAAAUGAGGAAAAGAGGGAAUGCUCCAGGAAGCAGGAAGAAGGUGAUCACAGCAACAGCUAGGCAAAUUGAGAGUUUGAUACGUCUAAGUGAAGCAUUAGCUCGCAUCCGUUUUUCUGAAUGGGUUGAAGUUCAUGAUGUGUCGGAGGCAUAUAGACUGCUGGAUGUUGCAUUGCAGCAGUCAGCAACUGAUCAUUCUACAGGGACGAUCGACAUGGAUCUUAUCAUGACUGGAAUAUCUGCUAGCGAAAGGAUGAGACGGGAGAAUCUAGUUGCAGCAACCCGCAGCCUUGUAAUGGAAAAAAUGCAGCUUGGGGGACUCUCCAUGCGUUUAAUUGAUUUGCUGGAAGAGCUGAGGAAACAAAGCUCUGUGGAAGUUCAUCUGAAUGAUCUACGCAAUGCCCUUUCCGCUCUAAUGAGUGAGGGUCUCAUUGUCCUUCAUGGAGAUAGUGUUAAGAGGAUAUGAUGCGACCGCUUAUAAGGGAAGCUUCUGUUGCUCGGCAGUUGGGGGUGCUUAUAGGGGAAGCUUCUGUUGUUCGCCAGUUGGGGGUGAUUCAUUAUGUGCUCUGGAGAUGUCGGUCAUCUGAUUCUGUCAACCUUCCAAGUUCCUUGUUGCCUUUAAACAAUGGAAGGUCAUGACAUUCUGCCAGAGGAUUAUCCAAGAGAUUCUGCUACUGAAUUGCCAAUUGAAUGUGAUCACAGCUUCGCCGGACUGUUCCAAACAAAUGGUUGUUGGUGCUAAGAUGAUCUAUCUGAAAGUAUUGACAUGAAAAUGAUUAUUUUUUGAUUGGGCCAAUGUACUAGAAUUUGUUGGUGCUAACAAAUGCUUCUAUUUGUCAUUGUUCCAUGUUUCUUUUGAACAUUUGAUCUCAGAGCCAUCACUCCCAGGAUGAAAAGUUUAUCAGCAAGACUCCCACUUUAGGCAUUGUACCUUGAACCUUC